GUGUGCUAUUGACUACCAUCUGCCUCCCGUGAUCCAGAUGCUCAGCAAGAUUGCCUGCCACGCCGACUUGGCCAACAGCAUGUGCCCGCUGCAUGCAUAUGGGGGUGAAGGCAGAAAGACCRUGCCCCGUGUGGUGACCCCUGCCCGUCCCUCCCUUAGCCCAGGUGGCCAGUGCUCUCGGGUGACGAGGACCUGGUCUGACCCUGGGAGCAGGCCGGCCUGCAGCACCCUGUGCACUGCACUCCGCACUCCACUCUUCCUCACAGGUUAUGGCCACAUCUACCCUGUCACCAAGCCUGGCAAGUACCUGUGCAUGCUCUAUGCCCUCUUUGGGAUCCCCCUGAUGUUCCUGGUUCUCACGGACAUAGGGGACAUCCUGGCGACAGUCCUGUCCAAGUCCUACAGUCAGUUCCGAAAACUCCCUUUCUUCCCUCGCGCCCCCUCUGAGUGGUGCUCUGGACUGUGCUGCAGGAGGAAGCCCAUCGCCAAGCCAGGGGUGGCCUCUGUCCCUCGGAUCGUCAUCAGCGCUGAAGAUCCCCGCGGCCCCAAGUCCAGCAAGUGCCCCUCAGACCCAGGCAGCCAUGCAGAGCUGUUGAAGAGUCUGUUCUUCCCACAAGAGAAAGAGAACCUGCUGGCCCUGGCCCCGCGGACCAUGGAGAGGAGCAACUCGUGUCCAGAGCUGGCGCUGGGGAGGCUGUCCGCCUCCAUCCUCAGCAACCUGGACGAGGUGGGGUGCCAGGUGGAGAGGCUGGACGUCCCCCUCCCUGUCAUCGCCCUGGUGGUCCUGGCCUACAUCUCCUGUGCUGCCGCCAUCCUCCCCAUGUGGGAGACCAACCUGAACUUCGAGAGCGCCUUCUACUUCUGCUUCAUCACACUGACCACCAUCGGCUUCGGGGACACCAAGUUGGACCACCCGACCUUCUUCCUGUUCUUCUCCCUCUACAUCAUCAUCGGGAUGGAGAUCCUGUGCAUCGCCUUCAAGCUGAUGCAAAACAGGCUCCUGCACGUGUACAGGGACGGCCUGCUGUGCCUGGCCACAGGGAGGUGCUGCCACCUGCCUAGGAAGUGA